AUGGCCCAAACGCGUGGGUCUUCUUUGACCUUUGGGAAAGUCCGGAAGGUGAGAGCUUCUGCUGCUUCUGCUGCCCCGUCCGGAGCAUCGCGCUGGCCCGUCACAAUGAAGUUCUUCAUUGAUGACCUGCCCGUCCUCUUCCCGUACCCUCGUAUAUAUCCCGAGCAAUAUGCCUACAUGUGCGACCUCAAAAAGACCCUCGAUGCCGGGGGCAACUGUGUCCUGGAGAUGCCCUCGGGUACCGGGAAAACAGUCUCGCUGCUGUCGUUGAUUAUCGCCUACCAGCUACAUUAUCCGGAACACCGCAAGCUCAUCUACUGCUCUCGUACCAUGUCAGAGAUCGAAAAGGCGUUGGCCGAGCUGAAGGCGUUGAUGAAGUUUCGAACGGACCAACUUGGAUACACAGAGGACUUUCGAGCGCUCGGUUUGACCAGUCGAAAGAAUUUGUGUCUGCAUCCGUCCGUCAAGAAGGAGAAAAGUGGCACGGUCGUCGAUGCGAGGUGUCGGAGCUUAACGGCGGGUUUUGUCAAGGAAAAGAAAGAACGCGGGGAGGAUGUUGAGCUAUGCACAUAUCAUGAGAACCUGGAUCUACUCGAGCCGCAUAACCUCAUUCCUCCUGGCGUUUUCACUCUCGACGGUCUACUCAAAUACGGCGAGGAACACAAACAAUGUCCCUACUUUUCGGCACGACGCAUGAUGCCAUUUUGCAACGUUAUAAUCUACUCAUACCACUACCUAUUGGACCCGAAAAUCGCGGAGCGGGUCUCAAAGGAGUUUUCAAAAGACUGUAUAGUGGUCUUCGACGAAGCACACAAUAUCGACAACGUCUGCAUCGAAUCUCUCAGUAUCGAUAUCACAGAAGAUUCGUUGCGCAAGGCCACAAGGGGAGCAAAUAACUUGGAACGGAAAAUCCACGAGAUGAAGAGCUCGGAUGCCGAGAAGCUGCAGAACGAAUAUUCAAAGCUUGUCGAGGGACUAAGGGAAGCAGAACAGGCGCGCGAAGAAGAGCAAUUCAUUUCGAAUCCCGUCCUUCCGGAUGAUCUGUUGAAGGAGGCCGUGCCGGGCAACAUCCGUCGUGCGGAGCAUUUUGUCACCUUCCUCAAACGAUUCAUCGAAUACCUCAAGACCCGAAUGAAAGUCACGCAUACCGUUUCCGAAACGCCCCCUUCGUUCUUGACCCACGUAAAGGACCUGACGUUUAUCGAACGAAAACCCCUUCGCUUUUGCGCCGAACGACUAACGUCCCUCGUGCGAACGCUAGAACUUAUUAAUAUAGAAGACUACCAGCCCCUUCAAGAGGUGGCGACAUUCGCGACUCUGGUCGCAACUUAUGAUAAAGGAUUCCUUCUGAUUCUCGAGCCGUUCGAGUCAGAGGCGGCCACCGUGCCGAACCCCAUCCUACACUUCACUUGCCUUGAUGCUGCGAUCGCCAUCAAACCCGUCUUUGACAGAUUUAGCUCCGUUAUCAUCACUUCGGGAACUCUGUCGCCCCUGGAGAUGUAUCCAAAGAUGCUGGACUUCACCACCGUCAUGCAAGAAUCGUACAGUAUGACACUUGCACGUCGUUCCUUCCUUCCGAUGAUUGUGACCCGAGGAUCCGAUCAAGCGCAGGUCUCUUCGGGAUUCCAGAUUCGAAAUGACCCCGGUGUUGUCCGCAACUACGGAAACAUUGUCCUCGACUUCGCCCGCAUCACCCCCGAUGGUGUCGUCGUUUUCUUCCCGUCCUAUCUGUACAUGGAGUCCAUCAUCAGCAUGUGGCAGGGCAUGGGUAUCCUGGACUCGAUAUGGAACUACAAAUUAAUCCUGGUCGAAACCCCCGAUGCGCAGGAAUCGUCCCUCGCGCUAGAGACCUACCGAACCGCCUGCUGCAACGGCCGAGGCGCCAUUCUAUUCUCUGUCGCACGAGGCAAAGUCUCCGAAGGUAUCGAUUUCGACCACCACUACGGACGCGCCGUGCUGUGCAUCGGCGUUCCCUUCCAGUACACCGAAUCCCGCAUCUUGAAGGCCCGUCUCGAGUUCCUCCGCGAGAAUUACCGCAUCCGCGAAAACGACUUCCUGUCCUUCGACGCCAUGCGUCACGCCGCCCAGUGUCUGGGCCGUGUCCUCCGUGGCAAAGACGACUACGGAGUCAUGGUUCUCGCCGACCGACGAUUCCAGAAAAAGCGCAACCAACUCCCCAAGUGGAUCAGUCAGGCCAUGCUGGAAAGCGAAACGAACCUCAGCACCGACAUGGCGGUCGCCACGGCCAAGAACUUCCUGCGCACCAUGGCCCAGCCCUUCAAGGCUAAGGACCAGGAGGGAAUCUCCACGUGGAGUCUCGCUGAUUUGGAAAAACAUCGCGAGAAGCAAAUGCAGGAAGAGGACCGAGUCCGGCGCGAAGAGUUGGCCAACGGCCAUGGGGCGAACGGCGUCUAUCAUAAUGGCGUGCCCGAUGAUGCGGAUGAAUUUGACGACAAUAUUGACGAAGACCUCAUGAUGCUGGAUGCGCAGUGA